UUAGGAAACUUAAAUGUGCAAAGCAAAGGCUUCCAAGUCUGACUCCAAGAGGGUUUGACAUCUCACUAAAGCUGUCUUACAAACCUGAAAAUGAGACACUGUCUGCCUGCUCCAGCACAAUGGGACGUGUUCACAAUCCUUGCAUUAUUUACACUCACAGCACAAGCUUUUCCCCAGACAGAGAUUAAACUCAGUCAAGCAUUUACAGAUGUUGGCCAGUCAUUUGAGUGCCCCCUGUUUUGGACAGAGUACAGUGGGAACUGCUACAGAUUCUUCCCAAUGAAUAAAACAUGGGCAGAAGCCGACUUUUAUUGUGCUGAGUUUUCACUCGGCAAGACAUCUGCCAAAUUAGCUUCUAUCCACAGCUGGGAUGAAAAUAUUUUUGUAUUUGAUCUUGUGAACAGCCAAGUCCCGGGAAUACCCACAGAUAUCUGGAUAGGAUUAAGUGAUAGAAGACAGGAAGGUGAGUUUGAGUGGACUGAUGGAACGGCCCAUGACUAUAGUUAUUGGGAUGGAAAUCAACCAGAUGAUGCUAGCAACAGCAGUCCAGAAGAUGAGGACUGUGUACAGAUAUGGUACAGAUACUACAGUGCUUUACGUUCCUGGAAUGACAACAGCUGCAACCGAGAAUUUCCUUUUGUCUGCAAGGUUCAAUCUAUGACACACAUGUGACUCCUCUAUUGAUACACAUGUGACUCCUCUAUUGAUGGUCAUCUGAACUUUGGACAAUUGUUUACCCUACAUAAUCCUCACAAUUUGACGGAAAGAAGCGAUUUUAAUACAGAAUGUUUAUAUCACUGUUUGUUUUUUUACAUUUUUAUUAGACUAAGGUAAUGUUGGGUAGAGGAAAAUAGAAAGGUGGUAAGAGGUUGUAACAAUGUAUAGAUAAAUUAUCAUCACAGUACAGGUUUGAAUCAAGCAAAAGCAGUAAUUUUUCACAUUUAUGAAAUAUCAUAUGCACAUAAAUUGUAAAUAAUAAAGAAAACUUAUACAAA